AUGCCCGUGCGGGGGCCCCUGGGCAAGGAGUCCAACAACCGGCCGGGCAGGGCCAAGGUCUACCUCAAGACGUUUGGGUGCCAGCACAACCAAUCAGAUGGGGAGUACAUGCUGGGGCAGCUGCACGACUACGGCUAUACUCUGGUGGACAAGCUCGAGGAGUCAGACAUCUGCGUCGUCAACUCCUGCACUGUGAAGACUCCCUCUGAGUCCCGGGGCCUGCACCUGGUCAACCAGGCCACGGAGUUGCAGAAGCAGGUCGUGCUCGCUGGCUGCGUUCCGUCUGGUGACAAGCGGCUGCCAAAGAAGCUCCCGCAUGUCAGCAUGCUGCACGUGACGCAGCUGGAUCGUAUCGUGGACGUGGUUGAAGAGACAAGCAAGGGACGAGUGGUGACCCUGCUAGACAAGAAGAAGGAGGGCCUGCCGUCCCUGGCGCUCCCGAAAGUGCGACAGGAUAGGCUGACCGAGAUCAUCACCAUCAAUGCUGGGUGCCUGAACUUCUGCACUUACUGCAAGACUCGCAUGGCUCGCGGAACCGUGGUGUCCUACUCCGUGGAGGAGAUUGUGGACCGGGCUCUCCAGGCCACCAGCGAGGGGAUCUGCCACAUCGAGCUGGCCUCGGAGGACAUGGGCGCCUAUGGGGUGGACAUCGGCAGCAACAUCGCCGAGCUGCUCCUGCGCCUUUCGGAUGCCUUGCCGGCUGGUGUGAUGCUGCGGACAGGCAUGACGAACCCUCCCUACAUCAUGGAGCAUUUGGAUGGGGUCAUAGAGGCGCUAAAGCGGCCGAAUGUCUAUAGCUUCAUGCACAUCCCAGUUCAAUCUGGUUCGGAUGCUGUGCUCAAGGCCAUGAAGCGAAAGUACACCGUCAAGGACUUCCUCCAUCUCGUGGGUCGCCUGCGGGAGGAGAUCCCUGAUAUUUAUCUGCUCACCGACAUCAUCUGUGGCUUUCCCACAGAGACAGAAGAGGACUGGAAGGACACCUUGGAGUUAGUACGGGACUGCCGUUUUCACGGAGUUUACUCCUCCCGCUACUUCGCCCGGGCAGGGACUCCGGCUGCAAAGCUGCAACAGCUUCCCCACACUGUGACGAAGAGGCGCUACCAAGAGCUCUGCGCCCUGGAUGCUCUGAACGACCGCAAUGCCGGGCUGCAGGGGACCACGCAGCGCGUGUGGUUCGCUGGUACCGACGGCCCGCGCAAUCAGACGGUUGGCCGCACGAAAAACUUUGCAAAGGUCCUGGUGCCAAGAGACGAUGCCCUCCUUGGCCAAAGUGCCAUGGUAGAGGUCUUGCAAACAUCGGUUCAGCACGUGGAGGGCCGUGUCCUGCAAACCGAGGCUCCCUGA